AUGGGAAGCACCUGUGCAACCUGUGGCCGAAGAGAGUACAUACUGCGUGAGGUAAAAAACCGAAAAGAUUCCUUAGGAUCCCCUACAAGGCUGCAGCCUACAGGACCGAGUCAGCCUUCAACCAAAAAUCAAAUUGAGAAUCAGUCAAAACGCAUAAGGGUGAAAGGAAUCAAGACCCACAAAUUUUCUCACCACCCGAGUCCUUCAAUAGAAGGUAUUACUGAAGCUUCCCAUGCAGAAAUUAUUGAUAAACCUAAAACUGAAGAAGAUAUUAAAAUGAUUUUAACAGCAUUUAAUAAUCACUUCAUAUUGCGAAGUCUCGAUGAAGAUAGCAAAUUUAUUAUUGCAAAUGAUAUGAGGUUUUACACAAUAGGACCACGCGAAAUUAUUUUUGAGCAAGAUAAACCAGGACUGUGUUUUUAUGUUCUAGCAACUGGGAGAUUGGAAGUCACUAUAAAUGGACAAAGAAAAAAUUUGAUAUCUCCAGGGACUGGUUUUGGAGAGUAUGCACUGAUUGAUAAUAGAGCCAGGUCUGCAACUGUAACUAUGCUCAUUUUUUAUUAUAUUUAUUAUUAUUAAAAUAAUAUCUACAAAUAAAUUGAUUUAUUAUAAAUUUUAAAUUUUAUUAUGAAAAAUUAUACAUUAGAAAAGUGCACACUAUGAGUAGUUGACAGAAUUUCUUUCAAAGAAGCGGUAAAAAGAGUAAAUGAUAUGAACCAUUUAGAAAACAAAAGUUUCAUUGACAGUGUACCAUUAUUUAACACUCUUACAUCUCAGCAAAAAGAAGCUUUAUUAGCAGGACUUAACACACAAAAAUGGCAUAGUGGACAAAGGAUUGUAAAAGAAGGUGACGUCGGCGACCUCUUUUAUAUCAUAAAAGAAGGCCUUGUCUCAUGCUCUCAAAACGGCAUCGAAAUACGUCAAAUGUCCAAAGGAGAUUUUUUUGGGGAACAGUCCUUACUUUAUGGCUCCCCAAGAACUGCUACAUGUACAGCUAUAAGUGAGGUCAAAUUAAUAUCAAUAGGAAGCAAUUCCCUUAUAGAUGUGCUAGGAAGCUCAUUGCAACAGAUAUUGUAUAGAAAUACCUUGAGAAUUGCUUGUGAAAGAAGUCCUGUAUUAAGAGCAUUAUCAAAAGAACAGAAAGAAAGUAUAUUUGAUUGUAUGAAAGUGAAUACCUUCCAGCCUGGAUCUGUAAUAGUAGCCAGAGGCACACAUAAAGGGCAAAGGCUUUGAAUUGUACUGAGAGGUGCUAUUAGAGGACCUGUAGGAGCAAUAGAAAAAUUUGGGUGCAUUGGGGAUGAGUUUUUAGACCACCCAUCUGAAGGUGAAUAUAUGAUUGAUUAUUUAGCAGAGGUAGAAAGUGAUGUUGCUGAUAUUUCAAGGGUUUCUAUAGAAAAUUGCAUUGGUGGAAACUUCAAUAAGGUGACUAUUUAUAAUGAAGCUCUUUCAGUCCUCAAACAAGUGCAUCUACUAAGAGGCUUAAGCCCAGAAAAAUUCAUCUCCCUUACACAAGCAUUAAAAGUGAUGCAUUAUAGCGACCGAGAUGCAAUCGUCACUCAAAAUAAUCCAGGAAAUUCAUUUUUCCUAAUAAAAUCAGGAAAAGUUAAUGUUUUUAAAGAUGGAGUGAAAUUGAGAACUAUAACAAAAAAUGAUUAUUUUGGAGAAAGGUCAGUGCUAUUUAAUGAUUUUAGGACAGCUACUGUAAUCGCUGAUGGACAAGUAAGCUGUUGGGUGUUAGAAAAAGAUGAUUUUUUGUCUCUUAUUGAUGAAGAAAUAAGACAAAAUUUAAUAGAAAGAAUUGAGCUGCAGGAUGACACAAUUACACUGAAUGAUUUAAUACCUAUAAAACAGUUAGGAAAAGGAGUCUUUGGGAAUGUGUUUUUAGUUGGACAUAUAACAACCCAUAGAUUAUAUGCACUGAAAUCAGUCUCCAGAGAAAAGAUUGAGCAGUGGCAAAUCCAAACGAAUUUAAUGCUCGAAAGGCAAAUUCUUUUACAAGUCGACCACACAAUGAUCCUCAAGCUUGUCAAAACUUUUAAAGACACUAGCAGGAUUUAUUUUUUAAUGGAAUUUGUCCAAGGUCUUGAUUUAUUUGAUGUACUUAUAGAGCUACAGCUUGUUAGUGACGCUGAUGCUAAAUAUUAUAUUGGAGCUUUAGUGGUCAUUUUAGAGCAUCUUCAUGAAAGGGAUAUUUUAUAUCGAGACUUAAAGCCAGAAAACAUAAUGGUCGAUCAUGAAGGAUAUCCAAAAUUGAUUGAUUUUGGAACUUCAAAAAUAAUAAAUGGAAGGACUUAUACUACUGUAGGAACUCCUCAUUAUAUGGCUCCUGAAAUCAUUUUAGGUAGCGGAUAUGCUAAAUUAUUAUAUAUUGCUUAUUUUUUACGAAAAAUAAAUUUAUCUAAAUUGGCCCUGGAUAUUUAUAUCAGAAAGCUAUAUACAUUUUCUGCUGACUGAUGAAGCUUAGGCAUCAUUCUUUAUGAGUUUAUAUAUGGCAGAGUCCCUUUUGGAGAAGAUGAAGACGAUGCACAUGCAAUCUAUGAAAAAAUUUUAGAACACAAAAUAAUUUACCCUACAAAUAUUGACCCAAACUUAGCAGCUAAACCGUUAAUUCAGCAGUUAUUAAACAAAAAUCCUGCAGCAAGGACUGGAGGAAGUGUUGAUAAAUUAAAAGCCCACAAAUGAUUUGCAAACUUUAAUUGAGUAACUUUUACAUAGGACCGACUUUUAUCCCGCCAGUUAAAAAUGCCUUACAUACCUAAGCUUCGUUCUUUGCACAACGAAAUAGAAGUAGCUUUUAGCAGCAUGAAACCGCUAGAAAGCUUAAUCCGAGAAGAAGAAAGUAAAGAAGAAGUCGAUUUCUGUAUAUGGAAUUCCAUGCCGCCUCCUGAAGAUUGGGAUUCAGAAUUUUAA